AUCAGUACUAGACCAGACUCCACUGAGUCAAGAUGUUUCGCUCUUUUUAGUGUCGUCGGAAGAGGCGAGCGCGUGGCUAUUACCAGUUGUUAUCAGUGAUUAGAGGAAUUCGUCUUCGCCUCUCGCGUUGCCUGAGAGUGUUUCCGGACGGACAUGGCUCAUCCCGAGGCCGUGUCCAACUUUUGAAGAGGACAUUUGAAUGCAUUAUGAAUGUGAAAAGACUUCUGCUACAGCCGCGACCGCUUCUUCUUCUUCUAUAGGCACGAAGGGGAAAGUGAGGAGGAAGUUUGUUGGCGCAGUCCAUAAAGAUGGAUAUUCUGUUGUUCUUCUGCAUCUUUGGUGUCGCAGCUUCCAGCGAAGACUUGGCUCCCGAGAUUCGAGAACAGCCCAGCAACGUCAUCGCUCGUCGGAACGACCCGGCGACUCUCAACUGCGCCGCCUCGGGCGCCGCUCGAAUCACCUGGUUCCGGGAUGGCCAACAAGUGGUAACGUCCUCGCAGGGCACGCGCUCCCACAGAGUGCUCCUGCCCUCGGGAUCGCUCUUCUUCCUGCGGGUCACCUCCAGCAGGAGGGAAUCGGACGCGGGGACCUACUGGUGCGUCGCCUCCAACAGCUACGGCUCGACGCGAUCGCAGAACGCGACGCUGACCAUCGCCACUCUCUCCGACGAGUUCGAGGCGUAUCCGGAGCCGGUGGUGAAGGCGCGCAUCGGUGAUUCCGUGACGCUGCCCUGCCGGGCGCCAAAGGGCGUCCCGGAGCCUCAUCUGGUAUGGCUGAGGGACGGGAGGGAGAUGACCAACACGAGUCGCGUCUCCGUCGCGGUGGAUGGAGACCUGGUCAUCACAGACGUCACACUGGAGGAUUCGGGGAUGUACGUCUGCAGGGCGCAGAACGUCGCUGGGAGUCGCGACACUGCGCCGACGGAACUUAUCAUUAUGAUUCCUCCUUGGUUUGAGAAGAAGCCUGCCAAUGUUACGACUGCGUCUGGUGUGUUGGUAGAGCUAACAUGCCGUGCCCAGGGAUCGCCAAUGCCCACAGUUACGUGGAGAAGACUUGAUGGCAUCAUGCCACUUGGUCGGGCUACGAUCGAAGAUCAACGUCUAGUUCUAGAACAAGUCACUGCUAUAGACUCUGGAGUGUAUGUAUGUGAAGUGCAAAACGAGGCGGGUGUUGCUACUGCAAAAGCCACACUAACAGUCGUAGAUGCCCCUGAGCUCAUGCAGCGUCCACAAGACAUUCAGGUGAUGACUGGGAAAUCAACAGAGAUUACUUGCGUUGUCGAAGGAGACCCAGCUCCCCUCAUUUUGUGGCGACUUCCUACACAAGACAGAACAGCCCUGCUCACCCCAAAGCAAUCAAGUGGCCACGUAUCUGUGAGUGAAGAUGGACAAGUCUUACACCUGGAUGCAGCUACCACCCAGGACAGUGGCAUAUAUUACUGCUGGGGAGUUAGUAGUGGAGGAGGAGUGAGUGCUCAAGUAGAAAUAAUGGUUGUUGAAGCCUACCCACCACCUGUAAUUGGUGUAGGACCCAAAGACUUGAACUUAGCACCUGGAAGUGUUGCCUCAUUUCCUUGUGAAGCAGUGAGCGAAGCUGCAACACCAACAAUAACUUGGUGGUAUCGUCCAGCUGCACACCUACCUGCUAGGCAACUGGCCCAAGGUUUUGAAAAUGCCCGGAUCUCACUCUCUUCAAAUGGUGCCCUUGUAAUAAGAGAUGUCCGGGUUGAUGAUGGGGGCAUCUACACUUGCAAAGUAUCUGCAGAAACAGGGCACAUAGAGCAAGAGGCAAUAUUGCGAAUAAGCAAAGAUGCUGUGCCCGCUCCAGUGACGACGAUUCCUGCACCUCCUUCAAAACCUCAUAUUCUGUUCACUAACGAAACUGCCGUUAUCUUGAAAUGGUUACCCAAUUCGCAGAUAAUUGGUGGUGCAAGGCACCAAUACAUUGUUGAAUACUGGAGGCAAGGGUGGGAUGAAUGGCGGGUUGCCGAUACCAUCAUGAUGGACGAAUCCUGUAUUGUAAAGAACCUGACACCUGGCAACAUUUACACAUUCUUGGUGAGGGCAGUUACGAAAGGGGGCAUCUCCUUCCCAAGCCCUUGGUCAGAUCCAGUCACCAUACGGCCUCCCAGGGACCCGUCACUGACAAUGGACCAAGUCAUUCAUGCAAGGCGUCGUCUCUCUAGGCCGACGGUUACCCUCGCUGAUGCAACUGCUACAGGUGCCACUAGUGUACUUCUGAAGUGGAAGUUCCUUACGACUGCCCACGAAACAGUGGAGGGUGUCCUGGUAUAUACAGUGUCAGGAGAUGGAAUAGUAAAAGUAGCAACUGUACUAGGGUCCUCUUCCUCUGCACAUCAUUUACAUAAUCUGGAGCCCAAUACAGAGUAUUCUUUCUUCAUAGUACCAUUUUGGAGGAGCGUCGAGGGAACGCCUUCAAAUUCUUUCACGCUCACCACCCCAGAGGAUAAACCUGUCGAGCCACCAAAGGACGUCCAUGCAACCCUCAGAGAAGACGGUUCCAUACUCAUCACGUGGUCCUCAUUGAUUGGCAGAGACGCCCGUGGGAAAGUCACAGGUUACCAGGUAACUCUCACCCACAAUGGAACGGAGACCACAGAAACUGUGUCCAGCCCUUGGCUUGAAGCUCACGGUCUUGCCCCUGGUCGCAUCUACAGUGUGAAAGUGGCUGCAGAGACAGGAGCAGGCCUAGGACCCUUUAGCGCACCUGUGCUCAUUGAUUUUGGAUCUGGCCUGGCCCAAGGCCAUCAAGACCUGGAUGAACCCUCGAACGAAACAUCUGUGAUUUACGCUCCUGCACAACCUGACUGGUUGGUGUACUUACUCAUUCCCUUGGUCAUUAUGCUGUUCGUGUGCACUAUUCUCUACAUCAGGAGACUUCACCACAAAUCCGCCCCGUCAAACCCGCCACAGACACCGGCACAUUAUCAGGACCCUUCCAUAUACCCAACUCAUCACUCCAUCAACAUGUACAGUGAACAAAAGCUCUGGCGCCCAUCAGAGAGUGAAAAAGAAUACGGCCUGUCUUCUGUGCGCCUUCUUCCAGGAGACCAACAAAUCAACGAGUAUGCCGAGCCUAGGUCUCAGCAUGCCAACGAAACGGCAGAGCCGUAUGCCACCACGGCACUAUUGGCACCUGGCUCUCCUCGUCUGGUCCACCAAGGCAGCCCGUGGCACCAAAGGUCCGAGAACUCUGGGAUGAAAGUGAACUGGGCAGCCUUCCUUCCGCCGCCGCCAGCGUGCCCGCCCCCUCGCGAGCUGGACCUGGGUGACCCCGCGGGUCAAGCGAGCCCUCGAAGCAACCGGAGGGGCGGCUAUGCCGGAACCGCGCAGCUUGAGAACGCUGCGGGAUCAGAGCAAUAUAAGAGGCCUUGUGAUGCCACUGCAGACCACACGUACGACACGUACUCCCAGGUGACUUCUAACAACUGCACUAAGGACAGAUUUAUAACGUUCAACACUGUCCAAAACCGCGACAUCUCCCGAGACAGCGCAGACGACCAGCAAGCGCAGGAGGAAGAGACGACCGACAUCCCUUACAACAACACUCAUUAACGUUGGGGGGAAUUGGUCGCUUGGGGAAGUUCCUGCUUGUUAUCAUAGUGAGGUUGUGCUUGUAAAUAACGUUUUUCUUCUUCUGUACAGCAGAAAGACGAUUUCAAAUGAAAUCUCCUUGCUUAUAUUCAGGGAGACCCUGUACCAAAGAGUUAUUAUGUGUACCUGUUCUUGUCAUGUAUUGUAAAUACCUACAUCGCCCCCUACCCUCGCCCCUCCCCCUUCUAAGUCAUGUGUAAAUGAUUAACUAGAAAUCUCAUUAGAGUACGUGCUGGAAUAAGUUAUUGGAUCCUAGAUGUUAAUUUGAUGUUAGAGGCGCUUUUUUAAGCUGUAGAUCAGUAAAUUUUAGAUUACAAAAAAAAUUGCAAACUGCAGUGCAUUUAUGAUUAUCUGGAUUUCACUACGUCAAUGACUGCAUUAUGCUUCUCGUGGCUGCUGUCAAAUACCUUACAGAUUUGUAAGUGAAGUAUAUUGUUUUCCUCAGGUAGGUUUAGCUGUUAAUAUUUCUGUUGAUUUUCUCCGACUGGAAACCCGAGCUUAAGCAGUUACUGGUAAUAACAGCCAAUAUCAUCACCCGAGUACGCUAACAUAACUACUCAAUUAAGCAAAAUCACCCGUAGAGGAAACCCAUAACUACAGACUGGGAUUGACGCUUUGCUAAUUUGCUAAUAUUUUGUUUUCAAGGCUGGAGUCUUUUGUUGAGUCUUUGUUACCUUGACUGAAUCGUAUUAACGAUGAAUAGUGAUGUGCCAAUUCUAUUGUUUCUUGUUUCUUUCUGUCAGUUGGAAAGCUGUUCAGUUACUGAGAUGGAGUACUUUUGUAAAUUCUGUACAUAUGUGAAUAACAGAGUUAUUCUUAUAAUAAAUGACCUUGAUUUAGAA